UAGGAGUGAUUUGAUAAAUAACACAUGAGGGAUUUUAUUCAAUCUGCCUUAUUUGUUCUCUUUUUUUAAUAUUUUUUAGAGUGUGUGAGAGGGGGAAAAGCUGGAAAAGUGCAGUGGUGAAGUGAUGAGGGCCGACACUGAAGUCCGCAGGCACUGGAGUUGAAAUUUAGCUGGUCAUGUGACUGUGACUCCCCCCCCCUUCGUGACCCCGGAGAGAGAAGAGAGGAAAAAAACACCCCAUACCAACACAGGAGGCGGGAUUGUAUUUGUAGCCCCUUUUGCACGCAUGCGCAGUGAGAUCCGUACUGGUCAGUGUGAGAAGCAGCUGUUCAGGGCUGGUGAAAUUCCAACAUGGCAGUGGCUGUGGUCAGUGUUUCCUGCGUUAACUUGGGAUGGUUUCAGCUCGCACGCAACCCGGCUUAACCUCGGCACCCCGCUCGUCAGCAGAACCCCUCCGCGGGAUCGAUGCGACCCUAACAGCCCACGUGAGAGGUCGACCUGUCGCUAAAAAAACAGCACGAGAUGAUCAGCAGCAGCAGCGUCUAUGGCUUAAAGAUGCAGUGGACCCCCGAGCACAGCCAGUGGGCCGAACAGCAUUUCGACAUAUCCUCCACCACGCGCUCGCCAGCUCACAAGGCUGAGGCCUACAGGGCGGUGCCUGGCCACCUGCAGCGCUCAGCCACCUACCAGUAUGCCUGGGCCAAUGACGACAUCUCCGCCCUCACAGCCUCCAACCUGCUCAAGAAGUAUGCCGAGAAGUAUUCCGGCAUUUUGGAGAUGCCGGGCUCCUAUUCGGAGGCUCCUGGAGUCAUGAAUGGGCGGAAAGGUGAAUCAGAGCCGUGGCAAGAUGGCGUCUAUCCCAUGAGCUGCAUCCCAGAGGGGGUUUCCGUCAGAAAGGGAGGGGUGGCAGCGGCCUCGGAGGUGGUGUCUGGCAUGUGCAGCUCCCCUGGCCUGGCCUCCAGCACCCUGAGCGAGCCCAGCUACUCGAGCAGCAGCUGUGGGAGCCACACUGCCACCGCCCUGCACUCCUCCUCCAUGCCCUCUCAGGAAUACGGCCCUCCGUACAGCAGCUCCUACCUGCACAGUAGUUACAGCUCCCAGUCUGCCCCCGCCCCAGCUCUCCCCUCCCCGCUGCACAGCUCCGGGCUCCUGCAGCCGCCCCCUCCUCCGCUCUACGCUGCCACUAAAGUCCCAGCUUACAACGGAGGCGCCCCCAACUUGUCUAGUUAUAAUUACCCCCCAGCAGGCUACCCAGCUCAGAGCUCAGUCGGGCCCGGAUACAGCCCAGGGGGAGCGCCCCCUCCAUCCUCAUACCUCCCCUCAGGCAUCGCUGCACCUACACCUCUUCCCCCAUCUUCUUCUUUACCUGGAUACCCAUACCAGAGCCACAACCUGACCCCCAUCGCCCCUACUCCUCUCAACAGUAGCUCCUCCAACUCGCUCAAGAGGAAAGCCUUCUACAUGACAGGCCAAGGAGAGAUAGACUCCGCUUAUGGCAACUUCGGCUACGGCCAGGCUCGGAGCUCGGCUGAGAGCCCCAUGUACAGGAUAGCAGACAGCAGCAGUGCGAACGGAGGCUCCAACAGCGCCAGUGGUGGUGGAGGAUUUGACAGAAGUGCUGAAAAGUCGUCUUUACCUUUUAAUCCUCAGAAGCAGUCCGCUAUGUCCGCGGAGCAGCAGCAGAGGAAGUAUAGCAGCCAGGCUACAGGUGGACCGCUGACUCCGCCCGCCUAUGUCACCUCCACGCUAGGGGGCUCCCGCUCAGCAGAUUCCCUCGCCAGCUUCACCUCCCCGUCCCUCAGUGAGCAAGGUGCUGAUGAACAUCGUCUCCACCUGUCCCACUCAGCACCAGGGCCUACCUCCUCCUCAUCCACUUCCUCCUCCCGGCCUGCUGAAGAGCAGCUAAAAACCAGUGACCCUCACCUCCUCGACAUGGUUACCUCUGAAAUCGUUCAGCAGGGGCCCCCAGUGGAUUGGAGUGACAUCGCAGGACUAGAACUGGCUAAGGCGACCCUGAAGGAGGAGGUGCUCUGGCCCAUUCUGCGCCCGGACAUGUUCAGCAGUUUAGGACCGGCCCCACGUUGCGUGUUGCUGUUUGGCCCCAGGGGCAGCGGCAGGACGUUGCUUGGCCGCUGCCUGGCCAGCCAGCUGGGAGCGCCAUUUCUCCAGCUCAACGGCUCCACGUUGGCCACCAAGUGGCUGGCGGAGGGUGAAAAAAUAAUCCGAGCGUCCUUCUUGGUGGCGCGCUGCCGACAGCCGUCAGUACUGUUCAUUAGCGAGGUGGACAUGCUGCUGUCAGCCCACCUCAGUGAAGAGAGUCCCAUCAACCGGCUGAAGGGGGAGCUCCUCGCCCAGUUGGACUCGCUUCUCAUGGGCUCGGGCGAGGACGGAGGCAACCAAGUGUUGGUGGUUUGCUCCACAAGCAGACCCCAGGACAUGGAUGAAGGGCUGCGCAGGUACUUUGCGCGGAGGGUCCUGGUGCCCCUGCCGGACGGCGCAGCCCGACACCAGAUCGUGAGCCAGCUCCUGUCUCAAUCUCAGCACAAAUACUGCUUGAGCGAGGAGGAGCUGGCGCUGCUGGUCCAGCGCACCGAGGGUUUCUCCGGACUGGACCUGGCCAGACUCUGCCAGGAGGCCCUCGUAGGUCUGUUACACGUCUCUGCGCAGGGCAUGGACAUGUCGGGUAUGAUGCCCAGGGGACAGGUCAGGCCCCUCACCUACCAGGACUUUGAGAGUGUCUUUUGUAAAUUCCAAGCCAGUAUAUCACAGAAAGAGAUUGACACGUACACUGAGUGGAACAAAAUGUUCGGCUGCAGCCAGUGAAAAGAUAGAUUCCGCCCUUGAGAAAAAGAGGCAUCCACAAUUCCUCCCCUCAGGGCAGACGCAUUGUGCUGGAGGGAAAGGCACACAGAAGGCCAACACGAGCCCACCGAGUUCUCACAAGCAGGGUUUGAACGCACCCAGAGACCUGGUUUGAUGAGACAACUGGCAGUUUUGCAGUUAAUGAGCGAGAGUUUUCAUUUGGAUGCUUGACACUCCAGAAAGCCAGGCAUUGUUUACACAUUGCAAGCAAGUUGGCUUCAGAAGAGACGCCCCAGUGUCUGUGUAUAUAUCGUUCUGUUCUUGUUCUUGAGAUUUAGUUGGCUAUCCAAGUGCCUGAAGUGGUGCUUUCUGAUUUCCUUUCUUUGUUCAUUUGCCUCACAAUCUACAUUCAUGGCAUGAGCUGAUGAUUAUUAAGAGCUUUAAAACUUCAGCGGUGAGUCUGAAAAACACAGAUUGACAGUUGCCAUCGGUGGUGGUCAAUCCGUCUUUAUUGUCUUGCUAAGAGCAGUAAUCCGUUGGGGCGGCAGUAGUCUGGGCCCUGACACGCACUCAUCUCUUCUGAUCCCGUGUCUGCAAAACAAACAAACGUAACAAACAAAACUCAGGAAAGCGUUUGUGAAUUGUACAGUACCUCAAGAUAUCUUGACGAAAAGCACUAAGAUCCGAGAGCAGAAUCCGAGGAGGUUUAUGUUUAGCGAGGCAGCGUUAGGUGUACCUCAGCUGGCUAGGAUCAAUAGCAAAGAGGUGACAAUGAAUGUACUAGAUGUGUUCUGAAACGAAGGAACAUAAUCAAGAGUGAGAGUAAAAACAUGAUUUCUUUUUCUUUUUUUUCUCCUCACAGCAGGUGCUUUAGUUACCUGCUUCUACUUGACCAAUCCUAAAGCUUAUUUCCAUCGCUUUAAAAAAAAAAAAAAAAUUAAAAAUGUACACAGUUGCUGCCCAGUUGUGUGAUUUGGGGGUUUUAAGAGUCUGGUAGGUGCUGGGGUGAUGGGAAUUGUAUAUUUAUUAAAACCAUAAUCAAUUUUGUUUAUAGUAUACGAUCUAGGCUAGGCUGCAUGGAGGCUCCAUCUGUUUGUCAGCUAACUUCUGCGCAAAAUUUCAGCUCAUGUUAAGUUUGAGGGGGAUGUAUUCUCUGACAUGGAUAAGCUUACUGCUAAAAAAACUCAAAAAAUAGAAGGAAUUGUUGGACAUUUUGGGAAAUAGGCCUACACUAAUUCCCUCUUUUACUUAGAGGUAAAUAAGAAGAUAAAGCUAGUGGAGAGUAGGGCCGCUCGAUUAUGGCAACAAUAAUAAUCCUGAUUGUUUUAUUGAUAUUGAAAUCAAAAUUAUUUAACAGGAUUACUCGUAGGCGUUGAGGACAAUAUGCACCUGUUUAGCAUUAACCCCGGCGUUUCUAUUUAACACAACCACAUCUUGCACGAUUGUAGUUCGUUCACAUUUACAUAAUAAAUAAAAAACAAACCCAACUACAGCAAUUUAACAAUAUAUAACAAUUACGUUAUUAAUAACAGCUAAAUAUUUUGAGUUGGGAUCAGUGAUUGUUUCCUGAACUCAGCAGAGACUCAGACAUUGUUUUAUUAUGUGUUUAGGAGUGGCUGAGAUUGUCACCUACAGCUGGACUACCUUAACAGUCCACCUUAAGGGGGCCAGGGAGGCUAACUUAGCUUAGCAUUUAUUCACUGACAAACAGCCUCUCAUCUCUCUGCUGCGUUUCUCUCCACGCUCUCUGCUCCGGUCGCCGCAAUUUGGAAAGCCAAGUUUGUAAUGGAAAUGGCCCAGCCCUGGUGUAUAGUGGGCAUACAAACAGCUGAAAAUGGCUGAACAGAUGGCUGUUUUAUAUGCCGGCAGCACAUGCAGGCAGUUAGUUUCACAGUCCGUAAAAUAUUUGUGGUUCUACGUUCCACUGUGCUAAUGCCAUAAAGCCAGCAGCCCAUUAGCAUAGCAGCACGUAAAACGUUUUUACGUGCCGGUAAGCUGAAGCUAAGAUAUACACUCAGAUACAGAAGCUAACAGACUACAGUCAGCAUCCUGUUGCCUUGGCAACAUGUUAAACAACAAUUUGCAGUUGUGGCCAAGCUAAUAGGCUGCUGGCUGUAGCUUUUCAGCAAAAGGACAAACUUAAAAGCGAUAUCGACCUUCUCAUCAACUCUCAGCAUGAAAACAAAUAAGCAUAUUACCCAAAAUGUCAAACUAUUCUUUUAAAUCACGGCUGAAUCAAAGACUAUUUACUCUGUCUCUUUAUGUGAAUGA